CCUGGAGGGGGCGGGGGGCGCGCCCCGCACGUCCACCCGCCCGGGAGCAGCAGGACCCACACGACAUGCGCGUCCGGAACGGGCGCUGAACGGUGGCGGCGAUGUCGGGGCGCGGGGCUCCGGGCCCCAGGUGCGGGCUGCUGCUGGCGCUGCUGCUGGCGCUGGGCGCGCUGCCGCGGGUGCGGGGCGUCGAGGAGCAGUCUGGGGGCGCGAGCCAAGGCUUUCAGGUGGUCAGCUUCAAGUGGCACCACGUCAAGGACCCGUACAUCAUCGCGCUGUGGAUCCUCGUGGCCAGCCUGGCCAAGAUCGGCUUCCACCUGUCACACAAGGUCACCAGCGUCGUCCCCGAGAGUGCACUGCUCAUCGUGCUGGGCCUGGUGCUGGGCGGCAUCGUCUGGGCGGCCGACCACAUCGCCUCCUUCACACUCACCCCCACUGUCUUCUUCUUCUACCUGCUGCCCCCCAUCGUGCUGGACGCCGGCUACUUCAUGCCCAACCGGCUCUUCUUUGGCAACCUGGGCACCAUCCUCCUGUACGCCGUCGUGGGCACCGUGUGGAAUGCGGCCACCACCGGGCUGUCCCUCUACGGCGUCUUCCUCAGCGGCCUGAUGGGAGACCUGAAGGUCGGACUGCUGGAUUUCCUCCUGUUCGGGAGCCUGAUAGCCGCCGUGGAUCCGGUGGCCGUCCUGGCUGUGUUCGAGGAGGUGCACGUCAACGAGGUCCUAUUCAUUAUCGUCUUUGGGGAGUCACUGCUGAACGACGCCGUCACUGUGGUCCUCUACAACGUGUUUGAAUCUUUCGUGACGCUGGGUGGUGACAAGGUGACUGGCGUGGAUUGCGUGAAAGGCAUAGUGUCCUUCUUCGUGGUGAGCCUGGGGGGCACGCUUGUGGGGGUCGUCUUCGCCUUCCUGCUGUCGCUGGUGACCCGCUUCACCAAGCACGUGCGCAUCAUCGAGCCCGGCUUCGUCUUCGUCAUCUCCUACCUGUCCUACCUCACCUCCGAGAUGCUGUCACUGUCGGCCAUCCUGGCCAUCACCUUCUGCGGCAUCUGCUGUCAGAAGUACGUGAAGGCCAACAUCUCGGAACAGUCAGCCACCACCGUGCGCUACACCAUGAAGAUGCUGGCCAGUGGGGCAGAGACCAUCAUCUUCAUGUUCCUGGGCAUCUCAGCCGUGAACCCCCGCAUCUGGAAGUGGAACACGGCCUUUGUGCUCCUGACGCUGGUCUUCAUCUCCGUGUACCGGGCCAUUGGUGUGGUCCUGCAGACCUGGGUCCUGAACCGGUACCGGAUGGUGCAGCUGGAAAUCAUAGACCAGGUGGUCAUGUCCUACGGCGGCCUGCGCGGGGCCGUGGCCUUCGCUCUGGUCGUCCUUCUGGACGAGCAGAAGGUGAAGGAGCGGAACCUCUUCGUCAGCACCACCAUCAUCGUGGUCUUCUUCACGGUCGUCUUCCAGGGCCUGACCAUCAAGCCCCUGGUGCAGUGGCUGAAGGUGAAAAGGAGCCAGCACCGGGAGCCCAAACUCAAUGAGAAGCUGCAUGGCCGGGCUUUCGACCACAUCCUCUCUGCCAUCGAGGAUAUAUCAGGGCAAAUUGGACACAACUAUCUCAGAGAUAAGUGGUCCAAUUUCGAUAGGAAAUUCCUUAGCAAAAUCCUUAUGAGAAGGUCGGCACAGAAGUCACGAGAUCGGAUUCUGAAUGUUUUCCACGAACUCAACUUGAAAGAUGCCAUUAGCUAUGUGGCUGAGGGAGAACGCCGUGGGUCCCUGGCCUUCAUCCGCUCCCCCAGCACUGACAACAUGGUCAACGUGGACUUCAGCACACCGCGGCCCUCAACUGUGGAGGCCUCUGUCUCCUAUCUCCUGAGGGAGAACGUCAGUGCCGUGUGCCUGGAUAUGCAGUCCCUGGAGCAGAGAAGGAGGAGCAUCCGUGACACAGAGGACAUGGCCACUCACCACACGCUGCAGCAGUACCUGUACAAGCCCCGGCAGGAGUACAAGCAUCUCUACAGUCGGCACGAGCUAACUCCGAACGAAGACGAGAAGCAGGACAAGGAGAUCUUCCACAGGACCAUGCGGAAGCGCCUGGAAUCCUUCAAGUCGGCCAAGCUUGGGAUCAAUCAGAACAAGAAGGCAGCGAAGCUGUACAAGAGGGAACGUGCCCAGAAGCGGAGAAACAGCAGCAUUCCCAAUGGGAAACUGCCCAUGGAGAGCCCCGUGCACAAUUUCACCAUUAAGGAGAAAGAUUUGGAACUUUCAGACCCAGAGGAGGCCCCGGACUACGGUGCUGAAAUGGGUGGGGGGAUCGAGUUCCUGGCAAACGUCACACAGGACACCACGGCGACAGACUCCCCCUCAGGGAUUGACAACCCCGUGUUCUCCCCGGAUGAGGACCUGAGCACCCUCUCCAGGGUGCCACCCUGGCUGUCGCCAGGGGAGAGUGUGGUGCCCUCCCAGAGGGCCCGCGUGCAGAUCCCCUGCUCGCCGGGCAACUUCCACCGCCUGGCACCCUUCCGCCUCAGCAGCAAGUCCGUGGACUCCUUUCUGCAGGCCGACGCCCCCGAGGAGCAGCCCCGCACAACCCUCCCUGAGUCCACGCACAUGUAACUCCCCCCUGCCACCCCCCUGACGCCUGCUCUUUCCUCAGCUCCUCUCCCUCAGCUGGCCGCCUCUCUUGCUCUGAACCUGAACAUCUGCAGACUCUCCAGAAGCUUUCUUCCUCCUUCUAAGCCUCUUUUCCAGCCGCAUGUUUCUUAGGAGAUCGUCUGAGUCUCAGCUCCUCCAACUGAGAUGUCAGGAUCCAGAGCUGUUUCAAGAUCUCUUUAACCCAUGU